GGUAAUCUGCGUAUGUGGUUGGACGACGAUGUCGAACGUUUAAUUAUAUAAUUUUAUCACGAUUGAAAGGAAAAAAAAUAUGUAUUUUAUUGAUUAAAAUUAUGUCUUACGUUGAUUUUUUCUGGCUUCUUUUAAACCGUACUGACAUGGCUAGUUAGUAAGUUUUUCACACCCCACCGAGGAUCACUUGUUUUGUUAAAAUGAAUGAAGACGAUACAGAAGCGCGGGUCGAAAAUUGUAAGGACGAUCAUAUCGACGUCGACGAAAUAUUGCCACAAAUAGGAGAAUUCGGUAGAUACCAAAAGUUAUUAAUUUGGUUAGUAUGUUUACCUGCUUGCAUACCAUGUGGCUUUGGAGCUUUUAAUCAAUUAUUUAUGCAACAAAUUCCAGAUCAUUGGUGUAAAGUACCCGAAUUAAAUGAUUUAUCGCCUAACGAAAGGCGUUCUGUUGCUAUACCUUAUGAUAAUAAAACGUACAGUCGUUGUUCGAGGUACGCGGUAAACUGGACUGAAAUUUUAAAUUUACAAGAUGCCAACGAAACAUUUGAAAUACCGAGAAAUUGGACGACAGAACCCUGUAUCGAUGGAUGGGAGUAUAACUUGACCGAAGUUAAAUCGUCUAUUGUUAUUGACUUUGGUUUAGUAUGCGAUUACGAUAUAUAUCCGACGAUUGGGCUGGCUGCUCUAAAUUCUGGUGGUCCAAUUGGCGUUUAUGUUUUUGGCUUAGUUAAUGAUAGGAUAGGUAGAAAAAGAUCUUUCUUCAUUUGUUUGUCUACGUUGAUUUUGGGAAACGUGUUGACCGCGUUAUCCGUAGAGUUUUGGCAAUGGGCAAUAAGCAGAGCCAUUGUUGGAUUGACCAUUCCAGCCGUUUAUCAAAUACCUUUCAUUAUUUGUUUAGAAUUAGUUGGACCAAAUUAUAGAUCUUUUGUGACAGUAAUGACGUGUGUAUUUUACAUCGGAGGAUUGAUAUUACUCUCUGUGGUUUCUUUUUACAUAAGAAAUUGGGUGCAUUUGGCCUUCCUCAGUUCCUUGCCGUUCACCAUAUACUUCAUUAGCGGCUGGUUUUUACCAGAAUCUCCUCGAUGGCUUUUGUCGAAAGGUCGUUUUGAUGAAGCUUUAGACAUUUUGGAUACAUUGGCUAAAAUAAAUGGGGCGACAGUACCACCUUACGUUAGGCAACGAAUUAAGCGAAAAACGCAAUUAAAGCGGAGCUCAUCAGAGAGACGGCGUAUGCGUAAAGGUCCUGGUGUUACGGCACUUUUCAGAACCCCUAAUAUGAGAUUGAAAACUAUUCUCAUCACAUUCAACUGGUUUGCCAAUGACAUGGUUUAUGUUGGUUUGAGCUACUACGGUCCUGCUUUAGGAAAUAACGAGUAUCUCAGUUUCUUUCUCUCCUCCGUUAUUGAAAUUCCAAGCUGUAUGAUCUGUUGGUUUAUAAUGGACCGAUGGGGUAGAAGAUGGCCUCUAACGUUGAGCAUGUUGCUGAGUGGAAUAAGCUGCAUCGUUACUGUGCUUUUACCAGAAAAUGCCGUAAUGCAGACGUUGGUAUUGUUUUUAUUCUCCAAGUUCACGAUUUCCGCUUCUUUCUUGAUCAUAUAUCCAUUCGCUGGUGAACUGUAUCCCACGCCUUUGCGAGGUAUAGGCAUCGGUUUCUCGACGUAUGUGGCGGGACUUGGCUUGAUUAUUAUACCAUUUGUCACCUACUUGGGACGUGAGAAUUUAGUCUUGCCUUUGGGCAUAAUGGGAGUAAUAUCCAUCGUCGGAGGUAUCACCGCUUUAAGAUUACCGGAAACGUUAUAUCACAAUUUACCGCAAACAGUCGAUGAAGGAGAAAAUUUCGGCAAAAAUUGGUCAUUUUCUGAUUGUUUUUCGUGUCCUAGAAGACCUGUCAAGACCGAGAUACCAGAGGAAUUCACUGACGAAAUGGAAGAUGUAAUUGAGAUGUUACCCAAGUCUCCGAAUCCUGCUAAACCUAAACUUAGAAAACAAAUGAGUGUUUUAGAAGUACCCUCAGACGAUCAAGGGUUAUUUAAAAUGACGCAUUGGGUUUGAGAAAUCAUUAACGUAGGCAGUAGAAUGCUCAAAUGUGCUUUUUCUGUACUAAAUAAUCAAAUACAGUUUUCUUUUUUAAA